AUGAAUGCAGUUUCUACACAUAAGAUAACAUUAGAUAGUGGAAGGAAAAUCCUCUUUACAACAACAACAGAUUCUUCAUCUCGUCUCGAUGUAUCAAGCAUGAAAGUAGAAACAGAAAAUAAUGUGAUUUUGAUGUUCUGUUUUGGUACUGAAGAAUUUCUUAAUUCAAUAGCUUGCAUUAUUGUUUUGAUUAAUGUUCAAUUAGAUAUUCCAUAA